GUCAGCUCCGUCGCCAGUGUACAGGAGAAAUACAGAUAAAGCUCAGGGAUUUGGCAUUUCCUGUGUUUCUGAAGAGCAAUGGAGGGAAUUUGGCUCUGUCUUGUAUUUCUCACAGGAUCUCUGGCACAACAAGAUAUGGGCGGAAAAGUGUUUAUCUUUCCAAAGGAGUCUUCAAGUUCAUAUGUGAUUCUAAAGCCAUCAGUGAUAAAAUCCCUAGACAAGCUUACCCUAUGCCUUCAGUCCUACAGUGACCUUACCAGAAGUUAUCCACUCUUUUCAUUGGCCACUAAUGGAUCUGGGAAGGAUAACACCUUUGUCGUUGUUUCAACCCUAGUAAAAACCUUUAUUUAUGUGGACCAGGAAGAAACCAUGUAUACAGCUGCAGGAGGUCUGGACUGGAGGCACACCUGUGUGAGCUGGGAUUCAGAGACAGGAAUAAUUCAGCUUUGGCUCAAUGGUAGACUGUAUCCUCGUAAGAUUUCCAAGAAAGGCUUCAUUAUCAAUGAAAAGACCAGUAUCAUCUUGGGGCAAGAGCAGGACUCGUUCGGCGGUGGUUUUGAUCCCAAACAGUCCUUUGUGGGUGAAUUAAGUGAUGUUAACUUGUGGGAUUAUGUUCUAACACCACCUGACAUAGAGAAACUCUUGCUUAAUAGAAAGGAUAUGACCGGGAACAUCAUAAACUGGAAAUCUCUAAACUAUGAAGAGAAAGGUGGGGUCAUCCAUGACUUGAGACUUCAGUGCAAGUCUUGGACUCAUACGUUCAGCUCAUAUUUUCAGUGCUAGUGUAACAAAAUCACAGCCAAACUUUAAAAAAUGAGGUGUUAGUACCACAUUUUGGCCAAAAUAUGUAAGCUCACGUGCCAUGUCAAGGCCCCUCAUUGUACGUGAGUCCUACACUGUCUAAUGACUUUGAGUCUGUGAUGCAAUUAAAAUAAAGUCCCCCAGCAAACAAUGUGACUGAGUAGUAAGACCUAUUGCACCUACCUUUAGCUCAAAAAGGCUCUAGUGGGAAAGCAGGGAGCUUUUAAGCCCCAGCUCAUUAGCACACACAUGGAAGUGAUUCAUUGGUUUAAAGGCUACAUAGCAGCUAGAAGCAAAAUUUGGCUACAAUUUGUACACAAUUCCUAGACUUGCUGUAUGGGGCUCUUGACUGAGCUUUUAUUAUAAUGAACAUUCUAAUUCUACCUUCUACAUCUAAUUUACAACUGGGCAUCACUUUUUUUAAUAAAUGUUUUGUGGUUUUGGAA